UAGCAGAUGUAUAAUAUGCAAUAUGUGAAUUUGAGUUUUACAUCUCCCUCACCCCAGGAAUGUGGUAUCCCAAAGCACUUUGGUCUGUUCUAUGCCAUGGGAACUGCUCUGAUGAUGGAGGGCUUGCUCAGUGCCUGUUACCACGUCUGUCCCAACUACACCAACUUCCAGUUUGACACGUCGUUCAUGUACAUGAUCGCUGGGCUGUGCAUGUUGAAACUGUACCAGAAGAGACACCCAGACAUCAAUGCAAGUGCUUACACUGCGUACGCCUGCCUGGCUGCGGUCAUCUUCUUCUCCGUGCUGGGAGUGGUGUUUGGGAAGGGAAACACCGUCUUCUGGAUCGUUUUCUCUGUGAUCCACAUUCUGGCAACUCUUCUCCUCAGCACACAGCUCUACUACAUGGGCCGAUGGAGGCUUGACUCUGGGGUCAUGCGCAGGAUGAUAUACAUCAUCUACACAGAUUCCAUCAGACAGUGCAGUGGGCCUAUGUACGUGGACCGCAUGGUUCUGCUCGUGAUGGGGAACAUCGUCAACUGGUCUCUAGCGGCUUAUGGCCUCAUAGAGAGACCCAAUGACUUUGCCUCCUACCUGCUGGCCAUCGCCAUCUGCAACCUGCUGCUCUACUUUGCCUUCUACAUCAUCAUGAAGCUGCGGAGUGGUGAGAGAAUCCAGUGUCUGGCGUUGGUGUGUAUCCUCUUCACAGCCGUGGUGUGGGGAUUUGCAUUGUUCUUCUUCUUCCAGGGUCUCAGCACCUGGCAGAAAACACCAGCAGAGUCUCGCGAGCACAACAGGGACUGCAUCCUGCUUUCGUUCUUCGAUGACCACGACAUUUGGCAUUUCCUGUCGUCCAUCGCCUUGUUCGGAUCCUUCCUGGUCCUGCUGACUCUUGACGACGACCUUGACACCGUCCAGAGAGACAAGAUCUACGUCUUCUAGAUCGGUCACGUGGUGAUUUCAGCUCUUCCUCUUUGCCUUACUGCCCCACACACACACGUUCUUUCUUUCUCUCUGUUUGCAUCUCAUGUUCUCAAAGAGCACAGCCAGUAUCCUGGGAUUAUUUUUAUUUUCCAGGCUUUUCACAGACAUGUCUCCACCUUUCUCAGCCAAUUAGCCAGUCAAGGAAUGGGUGUAGCCCCGCCCCCCGCACCUGUAUGGACACUCAUGUGCCAAUGAAGAGCUGGAUCAACGUGAAGUGAUGAUGAAGUGUUUUGUCUUUGUUGCCACUGUCGAUGUAACGAUGUUUACUUACUGCUGACCAUGAAGACGAUGAUGUACACGCUAAAAAAGCUAAAUUAACUUAUUUUAUACUGUCCUACAUAUUCAAUGCAAUUUGAAAUUACUGUUUAUAUGCUGUGUGUGCGUUUGUUUACAAACAUAAAUGUGACAACAUGAGUCCCAUCCAGUCCGUCAGUGGCCUUUAAUGUUCUUAUUCAUGUUAAUCACAUACUGUGCUGAUUGAUCAGUUUUCCUCAUGCUAGCCGUCCCUCUCAUUUGAGAAUAUCGCUGAUGAUGAUGAUGAUGAUGACGCUGAUUGUAUUCUUGACGGCAAAGGUAUUUUUGCACUGUACUGUAAAAGGAAAAAGGAUUUUAAUGUCAAAUAUUGCAACGAGUGGUUACUGAAUAAAAAGUCUCCUUUGCA